CUAUGGUAGCAUUUAGUCUGAGGUAAAUAGAUUUUCCUCAAGUUUUACGUCCCGCGUCCCCUGCCCCUGUCAUACUGACAGCUAUUAAAAACUUAUUUACCUAUUAGCGUCGUAAGGUCUUGUAAAUAACAUUUAAUCAUUUUACAGUGGAAUCUUUGUCAAGGCACAAGGCGGUGGAUGAAGAUUGUUUUGUUGAUGUCCUAAGUGGUUGUACACAAUUCAUUAUGUUGUCAUUUCAUAAUUCAUUACGUCCCCUAAUAACAAUCACGUCCCAGUUGAAUACAUGUCUUCUGUCCGAUCGAAAGUACAUAUUAUAUACUAAUAGAACAUACACGGAAAAGGAAACUAUGGUGGACCCAAAAAGAGUUGUGAGUUACGAUGACAUGGUGAAAAUGCUUUAUCAACCACAGAAAGUGAUCAUUGAUGUCAGGGAACCUGAAGAAAUACAAAGCACUGGCCAGAUACCAUCCAGCAUCAAUAUACCAUUGAAAUCAGUGCCUCAAGCCUUAGAUGGUAUGUCAGAAGAAGAGUUCAGAUGCCAGUAUCGUCGUGAAAAGCCAGAAACCUCUGACGAGCUGGUCUUCUAUUGUCGGUCUGGAAGACGCUCUACUGAGGCUCUUAACCAAGCUCUAAAACUUGGUUAUGUUAACUCCAAAACUUAUUUGGGAAGCUGGACAGAGUGGUCAGAGAAAAGGAAGUCCGAAUGCAAGUAGUAUAAAAAAAUAUGAUUUGUCAUAAUUGUACAAUAAAAUGGUGCUCUGGUUUUUAA